GAAAACUUUCAGAAUUUUUAAAUUGUUUGCCAAAGUGUCGAAAGAAUUGGAUUCGGUUCGUUUAAACUAACAGUAUUUGCAUCAACAUGAAAACGUAUCGUCCAAUGAACAAGAAAGUGGUUCAAAGUUAUAUUUUUAUCAACGAAAACUGAUUAUGUAUACGCUGAAUUGGAAUAGUUAAUCUGAUGUGUGCGUAAAGCGAUUAGUUUCAAUGUUGGAUUAUAAGCUCUGAUUUGUAAUUGAGUGUUAAUGGUUUCAGUAAAUAACAUUUUGAUUUCUCAUUUUCAGAUCAACAAUGCCUGGACUAUCCGAUCCCGUUGCUUUCCUUAAGGAUUUUGCCGCUGGUGGCAUUUCCGCAGCUGUGUCAAAAACAGCUGUAGCUCCAAUUGAACGAGUUAAAUUGCUACUUCAAGUACAACACAUUUCAAAACAAAUCUCAGCCGAUCAACGCUACAAGGGCAUGGUUGAUUGUUUCGUACGUAUUCCAAAAGAGCAAGGUUUCGCCGCUUUCUGGCGUGGUAAUAUGGCCAAUGUCAUCCGAUAUUUCCCAACCCAAGCUUUGAACUUUGCGUUCAAGGACAAGUACAAGCAAGUCUUCUUGGGUGGUGUUGACAAAAACACUCAAUUCUGGCGUUACUUCAUGGGCAACUUGGCAUCCGGUGGUGCUGCUGGUGCCACAUCAUUGUGCUUUGUCUACCCUCUUGAUUUCGCUCGUACCAGAUUGGCUGCUGAUAUCGGUAAGAGCGGAGCUGAACGUGAGUUCUCUGGACUUGGAAACUGUUUGACCAAGAUCUUCAAAUCUGACGGUAUCGGUGGAUUGUACCGUGGAUUCGGUGUGUCUGUACAAGGUAUUAUCAUCUAUCGUGCUGCAUACUUCGGUUUCUACGAUACCGCUCGCGGCAUGUUGCCCGAUCCAAAGAACACACCACUCUACAUCUCAUGGGCCAUCGCUCAAGUGGUAACAACAGUUGCUGGUAUCGUCUCAUAUCCAUUCGACACUGUCCGCCGUCGUAUGAUGAUGCAAUCGGGUCGCAAAGCCACCGAAAUCGUAUACAAGAGCACAAUCCACUGCUGGGCCACCAUUGCCAAGUCCGAAGGUUCGGGUGCUUUCUUCAAGGGCGCCUUCUCCAACGUUCUCCGCGGUACCGGCGGCGCUUUCGUGCUCGUCUUGUACGAUGAAAUUAAGAAAUUGUUGUAAAUCCGCAACCAAUUUUACCUUAACUAAAAUUUCAAAAGAAAGAAAAUUCCCCCAAAACAUCAGAAAAAAACCACAUAAUUCAAAAUUAAACCAACAACAACAACAACGUAAUGUUAAAAUGAGAAAGGAAUAUACAACAUCAACAACAUCAACUUCAAUGCCUGUAUGUAAAACGUCAAAGAGGAAAAUUCUGACCAUCUUAUCGAUUUCCAUUAGACAUGAUAACUUUGAAUAAGUAUUAAAGCGGCACACUUACACACAACCCACAUACUCACAUGUAGCGUUUGGUUUAAUUAUUUAAUGAAACAAAACAAAAAUGAAAAAGAAAAUUUAGUGUACGUGUUUGCAAAAGCGAUAAAAUGUAAUAAAAAACAACUGUACAAAAAAAAAAUAUUCAAAUGUUUCAUGUUUUUUGGAUCGAAUACAAUACAAAAUUCACUUUGUAUAGUUACAUGAAAAUUUUGCCUUCGCGAGAGAUAUCUUAAUAUACCAACAACAAAAAAACACCACCAUCCCCAAAAGUAAAGACACCCAUCAUUUCCACAAAAAAAAAUCAAUUUGAUGAGAGAUUCUCGCCGUAUUACAUACAUACAACAACAAACGUCUUAGAAAACAAAUUUAAUUAAUUUAUUUUAAACUUAAUUCUCUUUGUAUACUAGUAAUGUACAAUAUUACUUUCGG